AUGGCUGCAAAGAUUACUGUGAAGACACCUAUAGUCGACAUGGACGGUGAUGAAAUGACCAGAAUUAUCUGGCAGUUCAUCAAGGACAAGCUCAUUUUCCCUUACUUGGAUGUGGACAUCAAAUAUUACGAUUUGGGCAUUCAGUAUAGAGACCAGACCGACGACCAGGUGACCAUAGAUGCCGCUGAGGCGGUCUUGAAGUAUGGUGUUGGAGUCAAGUGUGCCACAAUCACGCCCGAUGAGGCACGCGUCGAGGAAUUCAAGUUGAAAAAAAUGUGGCUUUCUCCCAAUGGUACCUUGCGGAACAUCUUAGGCGGUACGGUGUUCAGGGAGCCAAUUGUCAUUGACAACAUCCCCAGAAUCGUCUCACAAUGGGAAAAGCCCAUUAUUAUUGGCAGACAUGCAUUUGGCGACCAGUACAAAGCCACCGACUUGGUGUUUCCAAAGGCGGGCGAAUUAUCUCUUGUGUUCAAGCCUGCCGAUGGCGCGCCUGAGGAACACUACCCCGUGUAUGAUUUCAAGGGCCCGGGUGUAGGCAUGGCAAUGUACAACACGGAUGCUUCUAUCCAUGACUUUGCCGAGUCCUCAUUCAAGUUUGCCUUGGACAGAAAAAUCAACCUUUUUUCUUCCACGAAAAACACUAUUUUGAAGAAGUACGAUGGUCGCUUCAAGGACAUUUUCGAGGAGAUGUACGAGAAGAAGUACAGAGCCCUUUUUGAGGAGGCCGGUAUCUGGUACGAGCACAGAUUGAUUGACGACAUGGUUGCGCAAAUGUUGAAGUCCAAGGGUGGCUACAUUAUUGCUAUGAAGAACUACGACGGUGACGUGCAGUCUGACAUCGUCGCCCAAGGCUUUGGGUCCUUGGGACUCAUGACUUCCGUCCUUAUGACCCCCGAUGGAAAGGCAUUUGAGGCCGAGGCAGCCCACGGCACUGUGACGAGACACUACAGACAGCACCAACAAGGCAAGGAAACGUCGACCAAUUCGAUUGCCUCGAUUUUCGCAUGGACGAGAGGCUUGAUCCAGAGAGGAAAGUUGGAUGACACACCGGACGUUGUCAAAUUUGGUGAAAGCUUAGAAACUGCAGUCCUUGAGACCGUUUCCAAAGACGGCAUCAUGACCAAAGACUUGGCUUUGUCCCAAGGCAAGACCGACCGCUCUUCGUACGUGACCACUGAGGAGUUCAUCGAUGCAGUGCAGGCUAGAUUGAACAAGAACUUGGGCUUGUAA